UCUCUCUCUCUCUUUCUUUUUCUCAGUCUGAGCAGUCAACAAGAGCUCAGUGACAGUGGCGUUGAAGAUUGUCUCCAUUCUCUGAACCUCUCUCUGGUGCUUCGUUUUCCGGUCCACCGGCUCCGGCGAAAGCGAAAGAAAACGACGCAGUUUCGGGACGCGGAUUUCGAGAACGGCUGGUUAAAAACGCGGGCGGUUUUUUUUUUUUUUUUUGGCGGUAAAAAUUCCUUGCUUUGCUUGUAGUUUACGUUGCUUCGGCCACCAAUCACCACGCUGGAUUGUUACGUUUCGGAUCUAUUUCGCAAUCCAAGAGAAUGCGAUUCCUCCAUCGUUAGAGAGAGAACUUGCUCUUUUCUCUCGGUCCCAGAAGCUUCGAGAAUUUGAGGUUGCGGAAGAGUGCGAAUUGAUAGAGCAGAUUAUGAUUACGGGCUGGCUGCUUGUGGAGCUCCAGAGCUACAAUGCAAGCUGAUGUAAAGUCCACAAAAUCAGUUUGUAGAACCUGCUGAGGAUAUGGGGUCCGUUUUAGAGCUUAAAAAUAGCUCAAAACAGCAGAACAAGAUUACCGCAGAGGACACUAUUGUGCACCCCCAAGCGAAUCGGAGAACAAAGCAUCAAGAAAAGGUGAAAGUGAGAGCUGGUGUUGGUUCGGCAGGAAAUGAUGCUCAUCACAAAGCCAGACAAGAUGGAACUGAUAGUGUCUUGGUCCAAGAAAAAUCUUUGGGAAAUCUGAAUAGGCAGAGUAGGAAGGAGAAAGCUGCCAAAGUUGAUGAGCUUGUAAGGCACAUGUCAAACUUGCCUGGUUAUCUUCAGCAUCCUGAGAGAGGGGAAAAACUGCCAGAAAAGGUUUUGAAUUUUGGAGUUCUAGAUUGGUCUCGGCUAGAAAAAUGGAAGCAUAAGCAGAAGCAUUCCCCAGGAAAAGGUAGCCAUAAUACACCUUUGGAAAAUAUUGCUGCAGCAUCUAUAUCGUCUGGUCUUGUUCGACCUGCGUCACGUCCUGAUCAACAGUCUCCACGCUGUUCUAGUCUCAAGUCAUCUCAAAAGGAUGUCCUUGCUCAGGGUGUCAAACCUUCUGCUCAGAGUGUUGUGCGCUUCCAAGACUGUGAAACCCCUUCAAAGAAUGGCAUUAAUGGGCAGAAGAAGAUACCCUUCCCCAACAGGUCUUUUGGUAGAAAUCACUCCGAUAUAAUGCUUGAUAAGGGAAAGGGAAAGAGUUCAGCUCAGAGGAUCAGUUCAGUAAGGGAAGCUGCACCAGGUUCGAAAAGUUAUGGAGUCUCAUUCGGUCAAAAGGAAGAUUUGAGCAGUUGUGACAGUCAGGCCAAGAAGACAAAGGAGUUGCAAGAGUCAGAUAUCAAGAGAAAGAAUAUUGAUGAAACGAUCAUUUCAGAAACAGGAUCUCAUUCUUCAAAAUCUCAAAGUUAUGACGUCUUACUCAGUUCAAAGGGAAAGACGAUUGCUUGCGAUGACAAAACUGAGAAAAGUGUGGAAGAGUUGCCAAAGUUAGAUAGAAAUCUAGCUCAUCAGCCUUGUCCUGUUGAAGAGAAUAACAUUGUUCUCCUUCCACCAAAGGCAUUUCCCCAAAGUAGCUCUCCAAAAGUACUCCAGCUUUCAAAACCAAGAGCAUCCUGUGAUGUGCAUUUGGCAGAAGCCAAUAAGAUUAGCUUCUCAGGUGACUUUUCUACCAGCGAGAUGGACUUUGAAGAACAAUAUUCUGAAGUUCCACAUUCAUGCCCACUGCCUUCUGCAGGGAAAAGGCUUACCAGUUCAAGUUUCGAUAUAUCCAAAACAUUGGAUCAAGAAGAUGUUGAACUGUCAACUAGAAAAGGCAGACAUCCAUCACCCAAUCGCCGAUUUAGCUUCAGCUUGGGGCGGCUUGGUAGAAGUUUCAGUUUCAAGGAAAAUGCAGCUGUACCAGAGUCAAGUUCCACAUAUAUGACUGUCAAGUCAGGCCCUGUGAGACCCGAAACUUCUGAUUGUUCAGAUAAUCCAAAGGGAGAGAAAACAAGUAGUCAUAACAGAGCUAGGUCUAGCCCAUUGAGAAGGUUGCUAGACCCAAUACUGAAGCACAAGGGGGCAAAUCCACUCCAUUCUGCUGAAGCUGUUAAGGCUAUGAAAGCAAAUCUUAAUACCUUCGUCCCUAGGUCAAUUAAUGUCAGUGAGUCGUUACAAAAAGAGAAGCGUGAGGCAUCAUCUGUCCAAGCAUUGUUGCAGUUAACGAUGAAGAAUGGACUUCCUUUGUUUAAAUUUUUGGUUGACAGGAGCAGCAACUGUUUUGUGGCAACCAUGAAAAAUUCAUCUGAGAAGGAUGAUUUUGGCCAGAACUUUACAUUUUACUGUGUGAAUGAAAUCAAGAGAAAAGUUGGCUGGAUGAGUCAAGGAAGUAAAAGCAAAAGUUGUGGCUAUGCAUACAAUGUUGUUGGUCAAAUGAAGGUUUCAACCUCUGAUUUGUCUGAUGUUAAUGGGCAGAACUUCUGCAAACAUAUAAUAAGAGAGUCUGUUUUGUUUGGUAUGGAGCUAAGACAGCAGGCAAAUCAAGAAGCACCACAAUUCAUGCUAAAUAGGGAGCUUGCCGCUGCUGUUGUCACGAUACCUAGCAAAGAUCUGAGCAAUGAGGAAACUAUGGAGAAGGGCAGCACCAAGUGUUCACCAGAGCACGGAUUGUCUUGCAACUGGGAAGACAGUAGUAUAGUCAUACUUCCAGGCGGCGUCCAUAGCUCACCAAACAAAGGAGAGCCUUCGCCAUUAAUUGCCCGUUGGAAAUCUGGUGGAUCUUGUGAUUGUGGAGGUUGGGAUGUUGGUUGUAAAUUGCGUGUUCUCUCAAACCAGAACAAGUGCCGUCAGAAUUCCAAGACAACCACAGCUUCUCCUAGUUCGGAUCAUUUUGAACUUUUCGCCGAGGGGGAAGCUCAGGAAAACAGGGCAGUCUUCAGAUUGGAACCAGGGAAGGAUGGAACCUACUCAAUCGAAUUCAAUACGUCAAUUUCUUUGUUGCAAGCAUUGUUCAUCUGUGUUGUCAUAUUUAGCAGCCAGAAGCCAUCAGAUAUGUCCGAAGCAAAAGUUUCUCAGGAGGCGACUUUGAAUGGAAAUAGUGGAAUCCAGGUGACCACGCCAUCAAAGUAUGCUCAAAAUCCACCUCACUCCCCUGUUGGGAGAGUCUAGUUUUGUGCAAGGGAAGCCAUUCUGUUUUUCAAGUCCAACCAUCAAUGGGCUUGAAAUAAACGAGGAAGCAGUAGAAGAACUCCUCGGUCUCAUAGUGAACACAAGCCAUCGUUGUGUGAAUCUGCUGAAAUUGUUUAGGGAGACUUUAACAAGAGUACCUGUUGCAGAAAAUGAGUAUGACCAUUGUGAUUCUGUUCUGGUUGUACCACUGUACCGAUAUUACCAUCUGUAAAGGAAAAAUUGUCGUUCAAUAGAAAACUCGGAAACUUUCAACA